AUGAGUGGUUGUGUGGAGGAAGAGGAGGACGGAGCAGAGUCUGUAUUAUCCGGCUGUCUGUCUUUGAAAAGUGACCACUCCAAAGAUUUAGCCAUGACCUUCAGUAAUGAACCUGGAACCUCAGACACAAAAUUUCUGUCCAGACAGAGAGCAGAGUCUGUAGUUCCUGGCUGUCAGUCUAUGAAGAGUAACCGGUCGAAAUAUGAUACUCUGGACUUCAGUAUUGAACCUGGACCCUCAGACACAAAUGAUGAACCAGGAUCCUCAGGUGGCCAGUCUGCUUCAUCAGGACACGACUCUGAUCCAAAGUGUGGUGGUCUGCAGGAGGUUUUAGAUGAAUAUAAGAUCAGUCUGAGGAGGAGAUGUGAACGUGUGACUGAAGGAAGUGAUGCAACAGGAAGUGGAACCCUCCUCAACAGGAUCUACACUGAGCUCUACAUCACAGAGGGACAGAGUGAAGAGGUUAAUACCCAACAUGAGGUGAGGCAGAUGGAGACAGCUUCCAAGAAGAAGACCGUCCACGACGCUCCAAUCAGGUGCCAGGACAUCUUUAAAGCCUUACCUGACCAACAGGGACACAUCAGAGUGGUUCUGACGAACGGCGUCGCUGGCGUUGGAAAAACCUUCUCGGUGCAGAAGUUCAGUCUGGACUGGGCAGAGGGUUUGGAGAACCAAGAUGUCAGUGUGGUGGUUCUGCUUUCGUUCAGGGAGCUGAACUUGAUCAGAGAUGAGCAGUACAGUCUUCUGGAGCUGCUCCAUGUUUUCCAUCCAACAUUACAGAAGGUCCCAGCAGAGAAGCUCGCCGUCUCUAAACUUCUGUUCAUCUUUGACGGCCUGGAUGAAAGCAGACUUUCACUGGAUUUCAAGAAAAAGAAGGUUGUGUCUAAUGUCACACAGAAGUCAUCGGUCAACGUGCUGCUGACAAACCUCAUCGAGGGGAAUCUGCUUCCCUCGGCUCUCGUCUGGAUAACUUCCCGACCCGCGGCGGCCAAUCUGAUCUCUCCUGCGUGUGUCCACAGGGUGACAGCAGUACGAGGCUUCACUGACGCCCAGAAGGAGGAGUACUUCAGGAGGAGGGUCAGUGAUGAAGAGCGCUCCAGCACAAUCAUCUCACACAUCCAGACAUCCAGGAGCCUCCACAUCAUGUGUCUGAUCCCAGUCUUCUGCUGGAUCACUGCUACAGUUCUGGACCACAUGUUGACAACAGAGCAGAGAGGAGAGCUGCCCAAGACCCUGACUGACCUGUACUCACACUUCCUGCUGGUUCAGACCAAGAAGAAGAAGCAGAAGUAUGAUGAGGGACGUAAGAAAAGGUCAAUCAAGCUGACCAAGGCUGACAGAGAAGUUCUUCUGAAGCUGGGGAGGCUGGCGUUUGAACAGCUGCAGGAAGGAAACAUCAUGUUCUACCAAGAAGACCUGGAGCGCUGUGGUCUCCAUGUCACAGAGGCCUCGGUGUACUCAGGAGUUUGUACAGAAAUCUUCAGAAGAGAGAGUGUGAUCUUCCAGAAAUCAGUCUACUGCUUUGUUCAUCUGAGCGUUCAGGAGUUUCUGGCUGCAGUCUACAUGUUUCACUGUUACACCACCAGGAACACAGAGGUAUUGAGGGCUUUUCUAGGGACAGACUGGGACAAUGAAAACAAACACACAAAGUCAAAGAUGCCUUGGCUCAAGAAGCUUUCCAAUUCUUUCGAUCGCCCAUCUCUGGAUGACUUCCUGAGGAGAGCCAUGGAGAAAUCCCUUGAAAGUAAAAAUGGCCACCUGGACCUGUUUGUCCGCUUCCUUCAUGGCCUCUCUCUGGAGUCCAACCAGAGACUGUUAGGAGGCCUGCUGGGUCAGACAGACAACAGUCCAGAAGUCCUCAAGAGAGCCAUCAACAACCUGAAGAAGAUGAACACUGAGGAGAAAUCUCCUGACAGAAGCAUCAACAUCUUCCACUGUCUGACGGAGAUGAACGACGUCGCAGUACAUCAGGAGAUCCAAGAAUUCCUGAAGAAGAAUAACAGAUCAAAGAAGAAACUCUCUGAGAUCCACUGCUCAGCUCUGGCCUACAUGCUGCAGAUGUCAGAGGAGGUUCUGGUUAGGUUGGACCUGAAGGAGUACAACACAUCAGAGGAGGGACGAUGGAGACUGAUUCCAGCUGUGAGGAACUGCAGGAAAGCUGAACUUUCUAACUGUCGACUCUCUGAGACUGGCUGUGAAGUCGUGGUCUCAGCUCUGAAGUCCAACCCCUCCCAUCUGAGAGAGCUGGACCUGAGCUACAACGACCUGAAGGAUUCAGGAGUGAAGCGCCUGUGUGCUGGACUGGAGAGUCCAAACUGCAGACUGGAGCAGCUGAUGUACUCAGACAGCAGCUCAUCACACAGUCAGCUGCUGGGACCUCCAGGUUCAUUCUGCCACCUUUCUGGCUGUGGACUCUCUGAGACUGACUGUGAAGUCGUGGCCUCAGCUCUGAAGUCCAACCCCUCCCAUCUGAGAGUGCUGGACCUGAGCUUCAACGACCUGCAUGAUUCAGGAGUGAAACGGCUGUGUGCUGGACUGGAGAGUCCAAACUGCAGACUGGAGGCUCUGAGAUUGAGUCACUGCUGGUUGUCAGGGAUCAGCUGUGCUUCUCUGGCCUCAGCUCUGAAGUCCAACCCCUCCCAUCUGAAAAAGCUGGACCUGAACUGGAACAACCUGCAGGAUUCAGACAUGAAGCUGCUGUGGGAUCUGAAGGAGAGUCCACACUGCAGACUGCAGGCUCUGGGCUCCACCCUGUGGAAUGAUGGGGGAUUACAGUUCAUGUCCACAGAUUAG